GUUUCGCCAGCUGACUCCAUUUUCAACUUUGUAGAUGAAAAUGUCAGCAGAAUUCCAUGCCAAAAUAUGGAACCAAUAUUCAUAGAUGAAUUUAAUCCUGCUGACUUGUCCAGAGCUGUAGAGUUUUGUGGCAAUCAAAAUGAUGCUUGCAUAUUUGAUUACAUGCUUACAGGGGAUGAGACAUUUGCACAAAAUACGAGGGAUAGCCAGAAUGAAAUGGAGGCUAUCAUGCAAAGUCUAAGUAAAUAUAAUUUUCGACUUAUAAAAGUUAAUAUAAUUAUUGUGAUAUUUUAAUUUGAACCAUAGCACAAACAUAGCUUAAUUGAAAUUUUGAUGAUAAAAUCAUUUUCAAAUUUCUAAUUUUUGUUUAAAUCCAUGACCAUAACAGUCAACAUUGAUAGAAUAAUGUUCAGUUACUGAAACAAAAAUAUUAGAUUAAAAAUGUAUCCCUUUAGAAUAUUGGCUUUUAUUAGCUCUGGAAAAUAUUAAAUAAGUUCAUGAAAAGCUAAAGUUAUCACAUUUGAGCAUCAAUUUGGAUCAUAUAUUUUGUUUAAUGUUUAAAAAAAUGUUUUCUUUGUUAUAAGAUAACACCUCUUCAACACUAGAGCUUAUCAUCUGGAGUGGCUUUAGCAACAACCGCUGGGUUGUCUAUGAGCUGAUAACUAUUACAAUUCAAGUGGUAGCAAGGGAUGAAGAUGGUGAUGACGUGAUGUAUGAGCUUGUUGGUGACUCAAAUCAAACCACAGUCAGUCAAAAUGGAACUGUUACCUAUUUCCCUAGUCUUCAAAGUCUUCCAGUCCUAGGGUGA